AUGUCCCAGCCGUCUCCUACCAGUAUCGUCACUUAUGUUUUGGGCGCUUGGGACCUGGCCAUCGGCGGGGAUCUUCUCCUUCAAGGCGUGCUCUUCGCCCAAACAGCGCACUAUUUUGCUCUCUAUCAUUCUGAUCUGCUCGCCCUUCGCAUGUUCGUUCUCGGUCUCUUGUUUUUUACAACGCUCAAGUCAAUGCAAAUGAUUGCUAUUCUAUGGACUCAGAAUGUCACCCACUUCACUGACAUUCGUGCGGCGGGUAUGAUGUUCACGGCCAACUGGCUCGAGGAGGUCAACAUAGGAUUUGGCGCUUUUAUCGCAUUCUACAUUCAGACCUUUAUGUGUCAGCGUCUUUGGGCCCUCUGUAAAAACCCCUACAUCGUCCUAGCCUUGAUGGCCACUUUCACCUUCGCAGUGAUCGCAGCAUUGAUAGCGGUCGGCUUCACAUUCAACGACAGGCUUAUGGCGAGAUCUGCAUGGAUAACGGUCCACUUUGGGGUCGUUGUCGGCGGGGACAUCCUGCUUUGCAGCGCAAUGGUCUUCUUUCUCCUGAAACACUCGAAACAAGUUUUACCUCAAACUGCAGGCAUAUUGAACGCGAUCCUCAAAUUGACCAUCCAGAGCGCGAUGCCUGGCGCGAUUUGUGCCAUGCUCACGCUCGUCACCUCGCAAGUCGGAGAAAAAGCCAAUCCAGCAAAGCCGUCGACGAUGAUAUCAAUCAUUACAUCCAACCUACUGCCCAAGUUCUAUGCUCUGAGCGCAAUGUGUACUUUGAAUUCACGGCGCACCAUACUGCUCUCCCGCUUGAGUGACCAAAAUACGAGUAGCAACGAGGGCCAGAGCGGGGGAAGGAGGACUGGUGGUGCACGUGCUGUAGAGCUCGGGGAUUUCGGGAAGGUUAACCAUAUCCAAGUUCGGACGCAGGUGCAAACCACACAUCACAUAGACAACGAGGCAAGAGUAUUCACUCAUUCCCAUGACCUUAAGGGCCAGGGGAUGGAGGAAGAGGGUACCGAGUCUGGCUCGACAAAGAAUAGCCUACCCUAA